UUUUGAUUGAUCCAAGAUUUAUGAUCACCAGCACCAUCCAAUCCGACAAAACUCCCAUGUUUGGUAUGCACCGUGCCGUGGGAUUCACCGACGAAACGGAAACUAAUAAGGAGUGUGGAGGAAGUGAAUGAAAUCAUCACGGGAAGGAAACCGUUUUAACAAUAAGAAAGAGAGCGAGAGACUGUAUAGUAAGUACUUGAGAGAGGGCAGAGAUUUAUCACAUAUCUCACCAACCAACCAAUCAAUAUGACCAAGAAGAGAAGCUAAAUGCAUGCAAACCACGAAGGAGAAUCUAGCAUAGUUAGCCGAAGAAAGUUUUGAAUUGGUUGGUAAUCCUUGAACAAAAUGGAUCUUCUCCUCGGUCGGACUGCUACUUUGGGACUGAUGUUAUCAGUUUUCCUCUCCGUGGCAGUUGUAGCUUAUCGGAAUGAUUUAUCUACCAACCGGCAUGGAUGCGUCUGGUCAACAAUGGAAAAGGAGGCUGCUAUACCAACACCCUCAAUUGCAUCGUCUUCUCCACCAGGCCCAUAUAUUUCCGGACUACUAAUAAAUCCCCCCCACCAACAACACGGCUUGCCCGGAGGAGGAGGAGGUGGUGGCGGAUUACUAAAUUGUAACUUGAGAACUUUAAACGUAGAUUUUUGGAAUUACACAUUCAACCGUGACCAGAUCGAGCAAACUCGCGUCGUGCGAAUAAAGUGUAGUGAUAAACUUUUUUUCGAAUCAGUUCUGACUCCAAAUCAAACUCUUUUCCAACUCCGAAAUCUCAAAGAGGUGCAGAUCGAAUCCUGUAAAAUUCGCAAAAUACCGAAAAGGGUUUGGGCAAGUUUGACAGAGUUGAAAAGUCUCACAAUCCGCACGCAGAAUACAGAGUGGAGGGCAAGCAGUGCCGGAUUGGAGGUGGAACAGGGGUCGUUCGAAGGGCAGGGGCAAUUAGAAUAUCUGUCACUGGCCGAAAAUAAUUUGUGGUCACUUGGCGAAAGUAAGAAUGCACUUUGCCCCCUUCGUAAUUUGGUACAUUUAAACGUGAGCUAUAACCGACUAAGUGACAUUGAAGAGUUAAUCAGUGCUUCUCCGGUAGUUUCUCGGAGUGAAAGUGGUGAAAAUUUGUGUGCACUAAAUGUCCAGAAUGUUGACGUGUCGCACAAUCACAUUCGUCGCGUUGGGCACAAUGCUUUCUCCAACUUUCCCCGCAUGUCGGAACUUCGACUUCAGAACAAUUUAAUCAGUGAAUUGGAGGACACCGCGUUCACGGGACUUGGUCAAAUAAAACUUUUGAAUUUGUCCAGUAACAGAAUCGUAGCACUUCCUCCGACAAUUUUCCAAUCAAAUGGGAACAUUCGAGAAAUUUUCCUUCAGAAUAACACCAUAUCUGCGAUUUCUUCACGGGUUUUCUCCGGGUUGGAAAACCUGCUUUCUCUCGACCUUAGCAGAAACACGUUGACGAGCCAAUGGAUCAAGGAGGACAUAUUUCAAGGUCUGAGUCGACUCGUCAUUUUAAAAUUGUCAUCAAACCAAUUGAGUUACGUGGAUGGGAGCAUUUUUAAGGACUUGAUCUCUCUGCAAUCUCUCUCACUUGAGAGGAACAAGAUUGACACGAUUCACCCCACAGCCUUCAAUUCGCUCCGUAACCUACAUUUCUUGGACUUGUCGUUCAACCGAUUGUCUCACAUUGACUCUCGAGUCUUCUCCAACUUGGUUGUGCUUAGCCAACUGACCCUCGAUCACAACAAGAUAAGGUCAUUGGAAGAUAACGCUCUCAAGAAUUGUAGCUCAAUCAGUGACUUGAUUUUAGCAAAUAACCGGCUUCUAAACGUCCCAGUCGCAAUUAAGUCCUUGUCAUAUCUUAAAACGUUGGACAUUGGGGAAAAUUUGAUAACCCACGUGAAUAACGCCUCUUUCACCGGAAUGGUUCAGCUUAUCGGGCUUCGAAUGGUGGACAACCGGAUUGAAUCACUUCCCUCCGGUUUUUGCUCAUCAAUGAAGAAACUCCGAGUUUUAAACUUGUCUCAAAAUAAGAUCCGAGAAAUCUCAUCCUCUGCAUUCAUAUCGUGUCCAGAACUUCGUGUUUUGCGACUUGACACCAACUCCUUGCAAGAACUUCCCCCCACCCUGGCACCCCAAUUACCCUCGCUCUUGUGGUUGAACGUGUCCGAAAACCAGAUCCGAUCGGCUGACUAUCGUCUCCUCCCACCAAGUACGGAGUGGCUUGACCUUAGCUACAACGUGAUUGAGACUCUUGGACCCAUUUCACGGAAUGUAACCCAUGACCAGAGAAGUUCCAGCCUCCGUGUCAUGGACAUUUCUUACAACAGACUUAAAAGUUUGGAUCAGAGUGGAAUCCCAGCGUCUUUGGAAACUCUGCGCAUCAAUCACAACAGUCAGUUCAAAACCGUGGAGCCCAACACAUUUUUAGCGUCGACUCAAUUAAGAAGAGUAGAACUUAUUGGAAACCAGAUUGAGAUUCUGCCCCUGGAAGCUCUUCAACUCCCGCAGAUUCCUUCGGGUCGAAUGUUGCCCGACUUUUAUCUGGCUAAUAAUCCAUUUACACAAAAUUGCCAAAUGGAAUGGUUAACGCGAACCCAUCAACUGACCGUUCUCCGAACUCAUCCUCACAUUGUGGACCUUGACGCGAUUCUCUUGAGACCCACUUUCCCCAGACCGAAUCAAGCGGUGUCAUUAAUGGAUACGAGAGCACAGGACUUUCUCUGCCCGUACAAAUCGCACUGCUUUGCACUUUGCCAUUGCUGCGAGUUUGAAUUCUGUGAUUGCGAAAUGAGCUGCCCGGACAAUUGCACUUGCUACCACGAUAACUCCUGGUCGUCCAAUAUUGUCGUGUGUUCAAAUCUCCAGUAUGAAAAUGUUCCUGAGAAAAUUCCCAUGGAUAGCUCAGAACUUUAUUUGGACGGGAACAACAUCAGCCAACUGGGCAGCCACAUCUUUAUCGGGAAGAAAAACUUGCUCUCCUUGUAUCUCAACGGGAGUAACGUGGAAUCAAUUAAGAACAAAACGUUCAACGGGUUAAAAGCCCUCCAGACCUUGAACCUGCAGGACAAUUUUUUAAGUGAGUUGAACGGCUAUGAAUUCGCCGAUUUAGAAAACAUACGCGAAAUCUACCUUCAAAACAACGAAAUUGUCACGAUUCAUAAAGACACUUUUGCAAAUCUAAAAUUCUUACAAGUUCUCAGAAUCGACGGGAAUUUGAUAGUUGACUUUAACGUUUGGGAAUUGAGUGCAAACGGUUAUCUAAACAGUGUCAUGUUGGCAAAUAACCCGUGGAAUUGUGAUUGUGACUUUCUCAUCCCGUUUCGAAAUUGGGUAGCUUCCAAAACCACGAUCGUGGCUGAUUUCAGUUUAGCAACGUGUCAGAUAUAUUAUGCAGAAGAUGAAGAUCAUCAACAUGAUGGCGUUAUGAGCAAAUUUUCGCCUUCUACUAACCACCAACUUCAACCCACAAUCAGCUCCAUGUGCAAUUUCGCGUCUAAUGCUGACAUAACUUUCAAUUACGAGCAGAAUGGGAAUAACGAGUUGUUGGAGAUUAAUAAUCAUAUCUCUUCGAUGGGAGGAGCUGCAGAAAAAGUUGCGGGUCCAGUAGGCCCACUGCCACCCCCCUCGGAGAACCAUUCGAAUUUCUCACGCCUCGACACCAACUCUGCUGACAACACUUUCUGGGCCCUGCUCCUCUGCCUGACCGCCUUCCUCAUUGUGAUCCUAGUUAUUCUCGCCAUUUUUCGACAGGAAAUUUAUUACUGGGCCAGAAAUGGCCUACUUAACGGAGGAGAAAGUAGUGGUGGAUUCCUCGCCAACCUGCUCAACUGCUGCUGCUGCUGUCCAGAAAAAUAUUCCGGAACUCAUCACCCUGGUGGGGCUGGUGGGAAAAACUUGUGUCCAUCAACCAUGCUCGAUGACCAAGAAAAGUUGUUUGAUGCGUACUUUUUGUACGCGAAAAGAGACGAGGACAUGCUCAUACAAAAGAUCGUUCCAGAACUGGAAGAUCCCACGACUGCGAGUACCACUCCGGGACAUAAGUUUCGUCUAUGUUUACACUACCGAGAUCUCUGCCUGAGCCCGGAAAGCCCGUGGAACAGGGAAAUGAUAUUGAGUGCUUGUGAUGCUUCAAAGCGAGUCGUUCUCGUCCUCUCCAACACCUUUCUCCAGUCGGAAUGGUCAUCCAGUAUUCAUUUCCGAACAUCAAUCCAAUCUGCGAUUGCCCUCCACCCGAAAAAACUAAUAUUCAUCCUGCUCCCUGAUUUCAAUCAGAAUAUGUCCUCCAUCUCAUCCGAGCUUAGCAACUACAGCUCGACCAAUACCAUAAAGAAUUCCUGUGUGUCUUGGUCAGAUAAGAAUUUCUGGACCAAGUUUAAGCGACUCUUACCCAAACCCACGUCACCCAUUCCCCACUGCCUUUUAGGAGGAGAAAAUGGGACAAAUUUGCAAAAUGAGAUAUACAACAACUCGUCCUGUGACCCGUCUCAACUUCCCUACAAUCUCGUAAUGAACCCCAAUCUGGCCCAAUUGCAUCACCUGCAACAACUCCAACAGCAACAACAAACCCUCCGAUCGAAUCAUUACCACUCGAACAUCCUACCAUAUCAAAUUCCUGUCCCGAAUGGAAUGAUGAGUCGGACCAAUUCCCUGCUUCCCCCAGUGCCCAAACAUCAAAUUGUUCUUCCAGCAAAUUCUAAUAAUAAUGGGCUCCACCAACAUAAUCAUAACGCGAUUAUAUCAUCCUCCACCACCAACAACAGCCUCAUUCAUCCCAUUCCUUCACAACUUACCCCGCAGGCCUUUGGCUACAGUAACGAGACUUUUCAUCUCCAACAGAACAAUCAUCAUCAAAACUUUGUAAACCAUCAUCAUCCCAAUAAUAAUCAUAACCAACCCAUCCAUUUCUCAUCUCCUCAGCAAAAUCCACACCACCAACAUCAUCCACUCCACCACCAGCAAAUGCAUCCAGUAAUAAUUCCCCCACAUUCUCACCACCACCAUCCGCAGCACCUCCAUACCGCGUCGCAAGUCUCUAAUAAUUUUUCAACGUCCCUUCUUUAUCCGCAUCAUCACCAACAAACGUCGUCGACGACGAGAGGAGAUGAUCAGCCAAAUUACUCGUCAAGUGCGGUUUCCAGUUGUGCAGAGUUUGACCACGUCUACUCAACUUUAGAUUCUCCAAUCCAGUCCCCCGGGCUCCUGACCUCGGACAGGGUUGACUAUUCCCCGAACGGUGGUGGUGGUGGUCCCACUAAUAACACUGUCGACAGUAGAAACAGUUCCAAACACACGGUCCAACAUAGCACGAGCUCGGGAGUGUCCUCCGGCUCGGACAUGACGUGUGGUGGUGAAAGCAGCAGUGCAGUGUCGCCAUCGUCCCCCAUCAAGAACGGGAUUCUCAAUAAACUUAAUGCCCACAUGAAUUCUAACAACAAUCCGGGGGGCAGCAGUAACACUAACCAGAAUGGGAAGAUGUAUUUUGUUUAAAGAAAGAUUUUUUUUUCAUUUCUCCGUUUAAAAUUUUACCAAAAAAAGUCACAUGUGUAGGUUCGUAAUUUUAUAAAUUAUUUUACUCACAUCACAACUACAAUUUUUACAAAGACUGAAAUAAGUACAUAUGUAGAAGGAGGUAGUUUUUACGAUUAGUUUAAGCAUACGUACAUAUGACGAGGGGACAAUUUACUUAUUAUUUCGUAAUGCAUGUACAUAAGUAUGUAGAAUUGAUAUGAAAUUUCGCAUAAAAUAUACCCACAGUUUAGCAAAAAGUCCAAUAUAAACUAGUCAGGACCACGAUUAUUCAAUAUUUUUUACCCUUAUUGCUAAACAUUUUUAGUUAUAAGUCGUCAAUGUUUAUUGAUUUGUCGAAACAAUGGAUUUUCCUCUUAUGUAUUACUGCUCGAUUAACUUUCCUCAUUGUUAUUCAGCCCGUUAAAGAAAAAGAGAGAGUGAUAAUUACGUGCACUUGAAUUAAACCGAGAAAGUUGGAUACCUAUAAUUUACACAAUGUUAUUCAAUCUAUAAAAUUUUCAAAUGUUGCCUCAUGCCUGUUAAAUCAAUGUUGUAAUAUUCAUCCAAUCCAAUCCACACUUGAACCUGAUACGUAUAAUGAUGAUGUCUUCUUGCCUGCAGAAAACUAAAUAAUUAUAUUAUACCAAACAUUUAAUGUAUUAUUCAUCUCUUGUUACUACUCUCCUAUUGUUAUAACUGAUCGAAUUCACUAUGAUAUCAAUAUCGACUAAAAGUUAUAUUCACUACAUACUUAAAUUAAUAUGGAAUAUACAUAAAACCAAUGUCAUAUCGAACAUAAAAUGUAUAACUAGUUAUUAUUUUUACAUAUAUUUACAUUUGCUUGUUUAGUUUGAUGAAUUUUCAAGUCUGCCAAGAAUAAAUCGAAACCGCAUUGUUGUUUGCAAUAAUAA